UUGUGGGAAAGUAAUCAACAUAUUUUGAGCGCGCGAUCGCGUGCAUGGGCAAAAAAACCCAAGUGUUUGUUCAUGCAUUAAGGAGAACAUCAUUACUAUGUUACAGAAUAGACAGUUUGUAGAAUCUAAAUAUAUUACAAAAAUUAUGAUAUAUAACCCACUUCUCACCUGAAACAUCAUGUGUUUGCAACUUUAUUAUCAUUUUGCAUGGUCAGUUGUGGUCCUAACAUGGUUUUGGAAGAUGUAGAGAAAUGUAGUUGUGCAUUUAGAAGUUACUACACUACAUGUAGAAGUAGAGUUUGGUGCACUCGUUCAGACUUUCAUAGGAAACUUGAGCUCAGGGGUUAGGCUUACAGUGCAGUCUAGCUUUUCCCCCACAGCCUCAUCAACUCUCCAAGGUUUCACAUCCAACUUUGUGUGAAUUUGAGUGUGUGCGCCUGUGCGCGCGCGCGUUACAGAACAUCACUGUAAUCGCAUUGAGCUCUGAAUUUCGUGUUCCUGGGACUCGUUACUAUGUAACGACUUAUCAAUAUUUCUCAAUAAUGAGUUAUUACAUUUUAAAGUAGCUUGUUUAUUAUUGGUUGGUUGACUAAAAGGCGGAAAACUAUGUGCUGGUGCAUUUUAGGGUAUUUUAUAUUUUUUUUGCUAAAAACUCCAAUUUGUCUGCUUCACUUGAAUGUACAGUCCAGAACUUUCACGUUUACAUAUUGAACAUUGUUGUUUACGUUGUUUGUUUGUUUGUUUUGUAUUAUUAUGUACAAUAAACUGCUCGUGUGCAUUACAUACGAGGGACCCUCGCAUACUGAGAAUAACAUGUGUAGACAAACGCGCCAUCUAGCGUAUAAACGGGUAAAUUCCCAAACUGCACUUUGGAUUAUGUUGCUAAUUGUACCUCAACGCUGAUGUAAAAAUGUAGUAUUACUAAUUGUGUUGGAUCAAAAGUGGACACAAUUCUAGUCUGGGUUUGGAAGUGAUCAUGUUUCUACAAGCACACAGUUGGACAUGUUCUCAGUAGCUAAAGCCAGAAUGUUCUCUAGCCUAGUUGAAAACAACACCUAUCAGCAUCACAGUUGGCCAAUCUUGGAUGAUAUUUCCGAGGCGGAUCCUGCCAGUGCUCGUCCUUUCUCCUGUUACGUGAAGAGCCGAAACUUAUACAUUAAUCAUCAGUGCACUAAAGUUUAAUUUGGUUUGGUUCCUUGCUUUCCGUGAGGCAGCAGAACUCCAACUAUGUAGCCUAAGAACUUCAGAGGGGAGCAAUUAAGCUACCAAAUAAAGUCAGACCAAAGUAAAUUCAAAGGGUUCUGUGACAUUUAUGCUGAAGAAUGUAAAUGAUAUAACUAUGCACCCUAAAAUUCCCUAACUGUGGCUUUUCCUGCUAGUAGAGCGAUGAGGAAUUUGUUUAUAUGCGCUACAACUGUUGCAAACUCUAUGAAACAGGAUGUUUAAUUUCUGUUCUUCGACCGUUUCGGGAUAAAAGCCCGAUGAUUGAAGGAACAAGCGGUGUAACAGCCAUAAAAGAAGCUAGAUGUCAGGACCCUAGCAUAUCCUCUGUCAUGUUCUGCGAUUGUCUGCAGCACAGCUGUGUUACAUUGUAGAGGAAACCACAAUUACCUGAGGAUGUACUUCAAAGGAUCUUGCUUUAUUCUUAAGGUCGCUAACAUGGAGCGAGAUUGAGCCAAGUUUUUUACAAGCAUUCUGCCAUUGGCUGCUGUUUGAUCCCUUCAAAGAUUAUCAUUAGUCUGGCCUGAAGCUACAACAUAUCAAAGCCAAGCAACUAUCUUAGUGGGUUUGUUUAGCAUCAAAUCAGUGUGAGAUUGGUGUAAAUUGCUGAAAUUUCAUGUAAAUAAAAUACCUUUAAGCUGACUAGUUUUUAGAUGUUUUAACACUGGGAUUACUUAAUUAUGUACUGUAUUUAUCGGAACACAUUGCAUGAAAUACCCAUAGUAAAAUUUAGAACAGGACUUUACAUAUUGGUUUAGAAAUAUUGGCUUACUUUUAUCAAACAGCUCACAGGUUAAAAAUUCUAAAAUUUCUCUUAGAAAGUUGACCAAAGCAGACUAGUUGACACAGAAGACUAUAAAACACUGAAUAUUCUUUGUAUACUACAGUAAAUGGAUUUUUAAUGGUGUUUAUUUAUCUUUAAUUCUACCAUGCAAAGCCUAGCCAAAAGGUUUGAGGCCAUUUUAACUUUUCAAACACUAAUGCCCCCUGGUGGAACUCCUUUGGAGUAACCACCUAAUUUGAACACUGGCAGGCUUUUUUUUUAAUUGACUUUUUCAUUUAGAAACCACUUGUUUUUAUUAACAGAAAUAUAGAAGUAGGGCUUAGUCUUCUUGACUGACAGUACCUUCUCGAGAUCCUUUCUUGUUAUCUGUUUUAGAGUUUGUUAUAACCUUUGGUGAGCUUUAAAAUAGUAUAUGGCAUGUGAAGAAAAAGAAAAUCCUUUCAUUUGUUGAUUUUUUUUAUUUCCACCAUAAAAGCUGUUAUUCCCGCUACACUUUCAUGUUAACCAAGCUUCAUCUGGCUGUCAUGGAGGGAUUUCUUAAAUAAUCCAUGCAUGGCAGGGAGAUUUAAGCAAAUAGAGCUGCGAGGAACUGGGAGUGUGCAAAGCAAACCACCCUGUCCUACCAGCUUCUGUCUAAACAAUUGAGCAGGUGCACGUUACUCUUUACCACCGGCCCCCCAUCCCCUCCCAAGUAGUAGUGCUGCCACUCAUGUGCAAGCAAAGAUCAAUCAAAUUUAGCAAAGAAAAGUGUCUGCGAGUGCUCCCGCUAAGCCCUCCGGUGUGUGUGUGAGGACACAUUAUUAAAUACAGCUGUGUAGAUAUCGUGUCAUCACUAUACAUUCAUAGUUCUUUUGUAGACAGAGGUAUCUAAAGGUCACCUGAGGCUUGAGGGAUACUUCUAUAGAAGGAGCUCUGGCUGGUUGGAAUGCUAUGUGUGCCAUAUUCAAAAGAAUAUAAAUGCACCUGGCUUCCAUGGUGAUAGAACAGGGAUCACAAAGAGGUGCAUAAAUAAACGUCUACAGUCCCACCUCUGUUUACUCCACAGCACGUCAUACAGACUGUACCCCCACCUCCUGAACAUGCACACAUCAUGAAACACCAUGUUUGCGUUAUAUUGACCGGAUAUUGAUAUUGCAACCGUUAGACGCAGUUCAGAGGGAAAGACACACAUCAAACAUAUUAAAGCGGAACAAUGUGUCCAUGGAGGUAAUUUGGUUUCCCCCACCUUCUGGUUUGAACAAGGUCUCGCUUAUUGCAAGCUCGGUCCCCGAGCAAUAAACUGAUUCACCAUCUAGAUUGCGUUUUAACAGGAAGGUGAUUGAGAGCAUAAUCCAUAUUGAUUCGCUGGAUGGAAACAGGAAAUAGCAGGGUUAGAAAUAAAAUUUGUUUGUUGUUCCUAGUGAGAGGGGACCCCAGAGGAAUGGCAAGCAAUUGCAAGCUGAUGAGUGGCACAACCCCCUCCAUCCCACCACCGCCCCCCCUCCACAACACUCCUCCUUUCCAUCCUCCACCUCCCUCCCCAGUCUGCCUUGGAGACCUGGAAGAGACGUCAUCAGGGUUGUUAUGCUGAGAAAUGACGCUCGACAUCAUACCCCUGACCCCACCCCACACCACUCUUUCGCCGCCUAAGAGUUGUGGAUUAUUAGAUGCCGUGUUGUCUACAUUCAAGGCUUUCGGUCUCCAGUUACUUUAGUUUCAAACUACACAGUCCACGCGCAUGUGGCGUUUAAGACAGCCAAAAGAUUGCGCUGAUACAGAUAUCCAUCAUCAGUUACGGUGCGGUGAGUUACCAGGACCAUAUGCGCUUAUUAAAAGCAGGUCCAAGCAGGUGAGAUAGAGCUGUGCCAGGUUUAUCAAGUUUUACUAUCACCCCCAAUAAUGGUGUUAUAUUAUCUAUCAUUCGAUAGCACUUGCAAUUUAUAUAAUACCUUCCUCAUCAGAGGGACAACAGAUGUUUGGUAAUUGAGAUCAACCUGAAACUGGGGCAGAUGCUGGGCUGUGGCCGAGUGUGUACAUAAAACCCACAUUAGUGCCAUUCAGAGAGGCGGAGAGAGAGAGAGAGAGAGAGAGAGAGAAAUAGAGAGAGAGAGAGAGAGAGAGAGAGAGAGAGGGAGAGCGCAAGAGGAUGCUGCCAGAAAUACAUCUGUCCCUGAAGGUGCAAUACAUUUGGAAGUAUUUCAAAGAAGUGAGCAAGUAUGACAUAAGACGCAAUCAAGUCCUAAUCCUCGGCAGCACUUUAAAAUCCUCUCCGAAGUUUCUGCGGAGGUAAUUGCUGACAGUGUAAGAAUUUAUUUAUUUUUUUUUUUUCCAUGGCUGGAAAAGCUGAUGGGCUGAAGUAUCUUUUCGUGCCUGCAGAAGCAGCACAUACACACAUUUUCUCUGUGCAUUAUUCGAUUAGGAUUGAUCCGUCCUCUAAAGCUGUAAUCCCAGCCUGUUUUUAAUUUAUUUAUAGUUUUUUCAAUGCUUGUUUUUGACUAGGUGGGAGAGAAGAAUUAAAGGAUCUCCUUCUCUCUUACCAGACACACACACACGCACAAAUGUAUGUGCCCACACUCCCUCACACACACACACACACACGCACAGACAUGCAUGCGUACACCUCGCCAGGUGAAACGUCACAGAGCAAGGGGACUCAGCGCUCAUUAAGGGGAAGGCUGCAAUAUUCUGAAUCGAGACCAUGGGACUCCCAACUCGCCUAUUUAUAGCUGCCGUGUCUCCAUGGCAGUCACCGCUGCGCUGGCAAAUCGCAGCCACGGCCCCAGACGCCAAUUAAGAAUGAAACAAAUGCCUUUUAGAGAGGGGCGUGCCGCCAUGUCUCUCCCACCCUUCUUCAGUCUCUUUCCGCUCCAUGAGUGCAUGCUCUCCAUGCCUCUUCCGGAGGAUGCGCCGAGUAGAUGGAGGACGCCACGCAGAGAGCUGGCCGAGCUGUGCUGCGACGUUGGCUAUUUUUAAAAGCACCCCCCCUUUACGCACACACACACACACACACACACACACACACACACACACACACACACAUACAUUUGCACUCUCUCUCCCCCAGCCCCUCCUCCUCCUCAAGAAGGAGAGCAGAUGAGGGAUGUCUUUUUCUUGUUGUGCUGGUGUUUUGGAUGCUUCCCGUGCUAUUGUUUGUGAAUGUUGCGGCGAGUUUUGGGAUGUCGACGGACAUGAUGAAUUCCUGUGACUCAUAGGGGCAUCAGAGAGUUCCAACAGGUCAGAAGAGUGAUGACCAUCCUGUUCCUUACUAUGGUUAUUUCAUACUUCAGUUGCAUGAGAGCUGCGCCCAUGAGAGAGGUGCCGGGCGUUGUGGGGGGCCACCGAGCCGAGGGCUACCUGGGGGCCGCCCGGGGCCAUGGGACUCCACCGAGCGGAGGAGCACUGCCCUCGCUCACGGACACAUUUGAGCAGGUGAUCGAGGAGCUACUGGAAGUGGAGGGGGAGGCAGCACAGGGCCAGGGAGGGGGGGGUCUCGGCAACGCAGCCACGGCCACGGCCGAGUCAAAGGACAUCGACACGUAUGCGUCGCGUGUGAUGAUCAGCAACCAAGUGCCUUUAGAGCCGCCGCUGCUCUUUCUCUUGGAGGAAUACAAAAACUACCUGGAUGCCGCCAACAUGUCGAUGCGGGUGCGGCGCCACUCGGACCCGGCACGGCGUGGCGAGCUCAGCGUGUGCGACAGUAUUAGCCAGUGGGUGACGGCCGUGGACAAAAAGACGGCUAUCGACAUGUCCGGUCAGACCGUCACCGUGCUUGAGAAGGUCCCGGUGGCCAACGGGCAGCUGAAGCAAUACUUUUACGAGACCAAAUGCAACCCGCUGGGUUACACGAAGGAGGGCUGUCGAGGAAUAGACAAGCGGCACUAUAACUCGCAAUGCCGGACAACCCAAUCGUACGUGCGAGCCCUCACCAUGGAUAGCAAACGGAAGAUCGGCUGGCGGUUUAUACGGAUAGACACUUCGUGUGUAUGCACAUUGACCAUUAAGAGGGGGAGAUAGUGUACACAAUGUAUAGAUUUUAUUGAGAGUUCUAACAAGAGAGAAAGAAAAAGAGUAAAUAUCUAUUUGUAUAUAUACAAAACAGGGUAAAUUAUUCCGUCAAAUGAAAAUUUUAUGGACUGCAUGUAAAAAAAGAUGAAGUUUAUACAGUAAAGUGAUAAUACAGUCUAUUUAUUGAACAUAUCCAUGACCUUGUAAACAAUUAAAAAAGAUCUGAUCAGU